UGUAGUCUUUGUUUCUCCUUCGCUCCUCCUCUUAUUAUCUCACGCCAUCCCCAAACUAAAGCAAAGGAAACAGAAACACACUAUCUCCGAAAGUCCUUCCAGCCCAGUGGAUUCUUCCCGUUAGCACGCUAUGCUAUGCUACGGUUAAUGGUUAACACCGCCAGUUUUUGUGCAGCUCAUGUGUGUCAUCACUGUGUGCAGUGAUCAAAGUCUAAGGGAAAAAACACGACUGUUACUGUGAAAGAGAGCUUUUUUCUGUUGUUUCUGGCGUCUCACUUCACGUCUUUUGGACUUGCUUGACCAGAAUCUUCUUUGCACUGUGGCUACCAUGACAACAGAGGCCAGUGCAGUGAGCGAGGCGGACACGGAGCAGAAGGCCGGCGCCGCCGAGCCCGAACCCGAACCGGACAACAAGCAGAAGCCGGAGGCGGCGGCUCCCGAGCCGGAGGGGGAGCAGUCCAGCAAGAAGGCCCAGGAGCAGGCCUCCGAGCCUGGGCCCGCUGAGGUAGCCACCUCCCCCGAGGAGGAGCAGCUGAAGCCUCGUACCCGGACCUCCGCCGGAAAAGGCCUGUCUCGCCUCUUCUCCUCUCUCCUCAAACGGCGCUCCCAGUGCUCCGAGGGAGAGGGCUUCGAGGCGGAGAAAGCCAAGGAGGAGAAGGCCGACAAAGAGGAAAAAGUUGAUAAGGUAGAAGAGGAGGAGAAGAAGGAGGAAGAAGAGGUGAAAAGUGAAGAGAAGGAGGUUAAGGUAGAGGUAAAGGAAGAGAAAUCUGAGGUAAAAGAAGUGGAAAAGAAGGAAGAAAAGGAACAAAAAAAAGAGGAGAAAGAGAAGGAGGAGGAAAAGGUUGAGAAGAGGGGUAGUAAAAAGAAAAAGAAAGAAGCCAAGAAGAAAUUAGAGAAAAAGGAUGAGGAGAAGGUGAAAAACGUCGAGGAGAAAAAGGAAGAGGAAAGCGUGAAAAAGAAAGAGGAGCAAAAGGAGGAGGAGACAGCAGAGCAGACAGUAGAAAAGAAGGAAGAAAAAACAGAGAGUAAAGAAAAAGAAAAAGAGACGGCUGAAGUUAAGGAGAAGGGGGCAGAAGCUGAAAAGAAGGAGCCGAAAGAGGAGGAAAGAGUUGACAAGAAAGCUGCAAAGAAGAAAGAAAAGGAGGAAAAGGUAAAGAAGAAGGAGGAGGAAAAGGCAAAGAGGAAAGCAGAGGAAGAGGAACGGGCAAAGAAGAGAGAAGAAGAGAAAGCAAAGAAGAGAGAGGAAGAAAAGGCAAAGGAGGCGGAAAAAACAAAGAAAAAAGAAGAGGAAAAGACUAAGAAGAAGGAGGAGGAGAAAUCAAAAGAGGAGAAGUCUAAAAAGAAAGAAGAGGAGAAACCAAAAGAGGAGUCCAAAAAAGAGGACAACAAGGCGAAAGAAGAGGUGAAGAAGAAAGAGAAGGAGGAGGAAAAGACAGAAGAACAGCAGAAGAAGGAAGAGGAGAAAGGGAAGAAAAAGGAGAAAGGGAAGAACAAAGGGAAGAAGGAGGAGAAGGGGAAAGGAGCGAGUGAGGAGCAGGUGAAGGCUCCGAUCGCUGCUCCAGAACCAGAACUGAAGACGGAGCCAGACACCGAACAGGCUCCGGACCAGCACUCAGUCAGCAGCGCAGAGACUCAGCAGGCUCAAGAGGAACAAAAGGAAGAAGCAGCAAUAAAGAAGGAGCCCGAAGAAGUUCCAGAGGACACAAAGAACAAAGAGGAAGAACCAGCAGAACAGGAGAAAGAAGCCAAAGGAGAGGAGAAGGCAAAGGAGAAGGAAAAGGAGAAGGAGAAGGCAAAGGAGAAAGGGAAGGAGGAGGCGAAAAAGGAGGGAAAGAAGGAGGCAAAGAAGGAGGCAAAGAAGGAGAAGCCCGUAAAAGAAAAGACGGAGAAACAGGCAGAAGAGGCUAAAGGCCCCAAACGUCCGAAAAUCAUGCAAUGCAAAGUCACCUUACUGGACGACACUCUGUUCGAGUGUGAAAUAGAUAAACAUGCUAAAGUCCAGGAUCUUCUAACGAAGGUGUGCGACCACGUCAACCUGCUGGAGAGAGAUUACUUCGGCCUCGCUACCUGGGAAGGAACAACCAACAAGACAUGGUUGGAAUCCACCAAAGAGAUCAGGAAACAGGUUUCAGGUGCUGCUUACGAGUUUUCCUUCAGCGUGAAGUUCUACCCUCCUGAUCCGGCUCAGCUGACGGAGGACCUCACCAGGUACUUCCUGUGUCUCCAGCUGAGGAAGGACAUCAUGCACGGCGUCCUCCCCUGCUCCUUCGUCACGCUGUCCCUGCUGGGCUCCUACACCGCCCAGUCGGAGCUCGGGGAGUACGACCCGGAGCUGCACGGAGCAGAUUAUGUCCAGGAGCUGAGCCUGGCGCCCGGACAGAGCAAAGAGCUGGAGGAGAAGGUGAUGGAGCUGCACCGCACAUACAGGUCGAUGUCUCCGGCCCAGGCAGACAUGCUGUUUCUGGAAAAUGCCAAGAAACUGGCCAUGUAUGGAGUCGACCUGCACCAAGCUAAGGAUCUUGAUGGUGUGGACAUCACGCUGGGGGUCUGCUCCAGUGGUCUGAUGGUUUAUAAGGACAAGCUGAGGAUCAACCGCUUCCCCUGGCCCAAAGUGCUCAAGAUCUCUUACAAACGCAGCAGCUUCUUUAUCAAAAUCAGGGCGUCAGAGCAGGAGCAGUAUGAAAGCACGAUUGGCUUUAAACUGCCCAACUACAAAGCCUCAAAGAAGCUGUGGAAAGUGUGCGUGGAACACCACACCUUCUUCAGGGUUCCGACAGUGGAGCCGCCCUCCUCGCGUCGCUUCCUGGUCUUGGGCUCCAAGUUCCGGUACAGCGGGCGGACUCAGGCCCAGACCCGCCAGGCCAGCUCCAUGAUCGACCGCCCGGCGCCGCGCUUCACCCGCUCCGCCAGCAAGAGGCUCUCCCGAAACCUGGACGGAGUGGUGAUCACAGGGAGGGGAACCCGUCCCGUCAGCGCUCCGGUCUUCUCCCAGGCUGCUCUGGCCGAGGCGGGGAUCCCCAUGGCCCCCUUCGACCAGCCGCAGACCUCCACCCCCAUCAAGACCAGUCGCCAGGAGGAGAGGAAGCUGGAGGUCACUGUGGAAGCUGUGGAGCCUUCAAAACACGAGGCGGUGGCUGAGGUCAAGCCAGCAGUGUGGAGGGACCAGAGAGAAGUAAACUCUGCACUGGUAACCAGCAUCAAUGGGGACAUUCAGCACAACUCUGAGGUGACAAGCACGGAGGUGGUGCGAAUGCGAAAGAAAAGAGCUAAGAAAAUUGAGGGUGACUCAAUUUAUAUAAGACAUAGCCUUUUAAUGUUGGAGGACUUCGAUAAGCCCAACGAGGAGCUGCUGAAGCAUCACGCCAGCAUCAGUGAGUUGAAGAGGAACUUCAUGGAGGCGGCUCCAGAGUCCCGGCCCAGCGAGUGGGACAAGCGUCUGUCCACGCACUCUCCGUUCCGCACGCUGGGCAUCAACGGCCAGCCUCUGCCCAGCGGAGAUGGGAGCGUGUGCACUAGUCUUUGCAAUGGGUCCGAGACAAAGUCUGCACACGAGGAAACAACCAGCAGCAGCAAUUUGGGCUUUUCAGGCAAAGCGAGCCCCGCUGUGAGCAACAAGAGAGAGCCUGUUAGUGUUGAAGCUCCAGUUGAAGAAGAGUCCUAUGAAGAGGAGCAGGUUGUAGUGUUUGAGGACUCCUUGUUGCCCAUCGUAGAGGUGGAGAUGGUGCCCUGCUGUAGAGCUUUAGAAGGGAUCCAGGAGGAAGGAGGAUCAUGUCCUGAGGUGUCUGAGUUCUCUGGAGAGAUAAUUGGAUCUUUCCCAGCGACCUAUUUCAGGAGUGAUGGUCCACAGGUCGUACGCUGCUUCCAGCCCCCUCUGGUGCAGACCCAGACACUCACCAUCACAGCUGUCUCCAGCUCCUUACCCAGUGGCGUCUCCACCACAGAGGUCCCUAUCGUCCCGACCAAGACCUUCAUCUAUGAGCCUUCAAAGGAGGCCGUCGAUGGGACGGAUGAGGACAAAGACACCACCACGGUGUCCAGCACGAAGACCGUCUCCUCUGAGAGCAGCAGUGGAACCUCCAUCACCACCACCACCACCCACAUCUCUAAGGUCGUGAAAAGUGGGUCGUCUGAGACUCGUGUGGAGAAGAGAAUCGUCAUAACUGCGGACUCUGACAUCGACCAAGAAAAGGGGAAAGGAGGCGGAGCAUCAGCAUUGUAACUGAAUCACCUCCUGCUUUUAUUCCUUUGAUCUCCACCUCGACACACUGACCAGCUCUAUCUGCACGCACAUAUCCAACAGAAAUAUCUCACCUACCAUCAUGGAUAACUUGAGUAGAUAAAUCUUAGUAGAUCCUCUUUGUUUUUGUUUUUCAGUUGUAGUAGAGGGCUGCAGAGUGCUGAUCUCAUCAUAAAAAGCUUAGUGAACAAUUGGUUUAAAAAACAAAAACAGCAUUUUCUGUUGAGUGAUCUCAGUUACAUUUGCUUUUAAAUGCUUUUAUUUUCCUAGUGGUUUUUACAUUUUUGAUUUUCUACAAUUGCACUGUUUCCAUUCUAGUUUAGACACCAUUAUCAGCAUUUAUUCCCUUGGUGCUGCUAGGGAAACGUUAAGAGUACAUUCAAGGGAAUUGUUUUUGUUGUUGUUUACUUGUCUAUUUAAUUCAGGAGAGACAUUUUUUUUUUAAAAUGAAAUGACAUACCUCGCAUCGAUAUGUGAACAAAGAUAUUCUGUGCUCAAAUUUGGACAGUUGUUUGGCUUAGUUCACAGCUCAGGUACUAAAAAAAAAAAAAAAGUAAAAAUCUUUUUCUUCCCUAACCAGCCAGGAACCAGUAGCCUACACAUUGUUGUAAAGUUUGAAUUUAAAAAUGGAUCUAUUUUGACAUAUUUCUCUAUUUUAUAGAAGUAACACUUUUAUAGUAUUUGUACAAAUUUGAGGUUUUUAAGUUAUUCAUCCAUCUACUCAUUGAAUUGUAGGUUACCAUUGUGCUGUUUACUGAAUUUUGAGUCUCUACUUAAGAUCUGCGUACCUGUCUUGCCUGACACCCUGAAUCAUUCUUACUCGUUUCCUCUCGUAGUCCAAGUUUAAAUCAAAGCUUUCCAUGAGACCAUGGAGAGCUUCCCUCAGCCCUGUUUUGUUCAGUAGGAUAGAAAUCAUAAUUGCUUUGAAAAUAUGGUAACACUUUACUUGAAGGUAUCGUCAUAAUAGUGACAUGAUACUGUCAUAACUGUGACAUGACAUAGUCAUAAACGUGUCAUAAACAUUAUGUCAAUGUCAUAAACGUUUAUGACCGCUGUCAUUAAGUGUCAUUCGGUUUUUGUCAUGACAAGUUGACAUUCCUUGGGUUGUCUUGAUUAUGACAACUUGACUUUAAUCAAAGUGACAUUACCAGAAAAUAUCUUUGUCAUGACAACUUGACAUUAAAUUUGUUUGGGUUGUCUUGAUUAUGACAACUUGACUUUAAUCAAAGUGACAUUACCACAAAAUGUCUUUGUCAUGACAACUUGACAUUAAAUUUGUUUGGGUUGUCUUGACUAUGACAACUUGACUUUAAUCAAAGUGACAUUACCACAAAAUGUCUUUGUCAUCAAAGAUACCCAAAACUGACUGUCAUGACACCAUAUCUUGUCGGUAUUCUGUCAAACAUGUGUGACCAAGUGCUAGAAUUGGUCUGUAACCUUGCACAUCUAAUUAUAAUAAUCAUUAUGCCAACUUGCCAUAAACACAAAUAUAGAAACAUAUUUUGUUGAUGUCAAGUUGCCAUGACAGACAUUUUGUGGUAAUGUCACUUUGAUUAAAGUCAAGUUGUCAUAAUCAAGACAACCCAAGGAAUGUCAACUUGUCAUGACAAAAACCGAAUGACACUUAAUGACAGCAGUCAUGAACGUUUAUGACAUUGACAUAAUGUUUAUGACACGUUUAUGACUGUGUCAUGUCACAGUUAUGACAGUAUCAUGUCACUAUUAUGACGAUACCUUCAAGUAAAGUGUUACCGAAAAUAUUAGGUUGAUAAGAAAAGUUUUACAAGCUUCGGUCUGUUUAUCUCAGGUUUUGAUAUUCUUUGUAAGACUACAGACCUCCAUAUGAUUGUAUGAGGAAUGUCCAUAUAUGUAUAUCCAUCCCUACUUUAAAUGUACAUUUAUGUUGAGCCAUGUGAGGUCAAUACAUACAAAUACAAGGCUUGUCUGUCUCAGAAACCACAGAAGAAGAGGUGAAGGCAGCUGUCCCAGUAUACGUGGCUUUUCUCUCAUAGGAGCACAAGUUGUCUUUUUUACAUGUUCUACUAUACAGUAAUUUAUUUGUAAAGUAGGAACCGUCUCGUGUGAUUUGAUGUUCUGUGAUGUUUCAACACAAGCUGGUUUCCAGGCUUCCACUAGAGAUGUCACCAUGUUAAAUAUUGCAUUAAUUAAUUAACAACCAAGUUUGUAAAGCCUUUUUACCACAUAGAAGUAGAUUUGCCCCCCCUCACUUGCUGUUUCCUGUGCUUUUCCAUAGAAGAGAAAAUGCUUAAAAUAUUCAAGUCCCUUUUUAGAAAGCAUGUUUGUUAGCAAACUUUUUUAACCCAAAAAUAAGCCAUUGGUAUUGUAGCUACAUGGACGACAACAGAAACCUCUCCUGGAAGAAGAAAAUGUAGAAUUUCACAUGAAGAAAAUAGUUUUUAGACAUUGGAAAAUAUUGUUGCUUUGUGACUUAUCCCUGUCUUUUUAUGAAAAAAUAAAAGAUGCAUUAUUUUGCAUUUUA